AUGCUCAAAGUUCUUGUGGGUGCUAAAAGAGUUAUUGAUGCCUAUGCCAAAGUUCGUUUACUCCCUGAUAACUCAGGUGUUGAUCUCAGUACAGUGAAGAUGGCCAUGAACCCUUUUUGUGAAAUUGCUGUUGAAGAGGCAGUCAGAUUGAAAGAAUCAGGAAAAGCAUCAGAGGUUACUGUAUUAACUAUUGGUCCUAAACAAGCUUCUGAUGUCCUAAGAGCUGCACUCGCAAUGGGAGCAGAUAAAGCUGUUCACGUUCACGUUGAAGAAAGAAUUGAUAGAGAUAUUCUCCCAUUAAGCAUUGCACAAAUUUUCAGAGCACUUAUAGCAAGAGAUAACUACAGUUUAGUCCUUCUUGGAAAACAGUCAAUUGAUUCAGAUAGUAACCAAGUCGGACAGCUGUUAGCUGGGCUACUUAACUGGCCUCAGGCAUAUACAUAAAAAAUGGUGACGACAGACCACCCGACCUCUCGACCCUAUUUCUUCAACAUCAGCAGGCAACAGCCCAGUGUCGGAGAUUUAGGUGGAAAAGGGCCGGUAAUCCUUUAUGUAUAGUCGGGCUGGGUUUUCUUCGAGCCCGAGGAGCUAAUUCUCGGACUUGGAGUUUUUCCUCCAGGACAACCAUUGGAAAGGGCAAGGUCGGCCAAUGUUUGAGGGCAAUAUGACCCUCAGACCCUGAAGACGGUAUUUGCCCAACGAGAAACUGGGAGUUUCGACCCAGGUGGCUGGCCCUUAGACUCUAGAAGCCGUGGAAGUCAAGACUGGUUGCGCGAAUCCCUUGUUUGAGGCAACAAGGAGGGUGUCCGCCGAGGCUCUUUCAGGGGCGAUGAGCGUCUAGGGGUACGAAUCCCCGGCCCUGCAAGGCAAACGGCUUAAUCUAAUCUAAUCUAACUGGCCUCAGCAACUUUUCUAAAUAAAUUAGAAAUCAACCAAACAGUAAGGGCAACGCGUGAAAUAGAUGGUGGGUUACAGACUAUAGAGUUCCCUCCUCCUGCUGUUUUAACGUGUGAUUUAAGACUAAAUACCCCUAGAUUUACAGCAAUCCCUUCAAUAAUGAAAGCUAAGAAAAAACCAUUGGAAACAUUAACCCCUGACAAGCUUGGUGUAGACUUAACUCCUGGCUACCAAACACUGUCUGUUGAGCCUCCAGACAAGAGAAAAGCAGGAAUAAAGGUAGAAAGCGUUGAUCAGCUCCUUGACAAGCUCCGCAAUGAAGCCAAAGUAAUAUAA